AUGGAGAAAAGUUGGCCACAGCUCCAUGUCUUCUUCUUUUCCUUAUUCAUCUUCUUCCUUCCUCCUUUUCAAUCCCACGCUUCAUUAGAAUACAUUCGACCACCUCCUCGGAGCAUUAUAUCCACUCUGCACAAUGGUUCGGACUCAGACCCACAACAGGUUCAUAUAUCGCUCGUUGGAAGAGAUCAUGCGAGAGUUACUUGGAUAACGGACAAUAGGAAGGUUCCUUCGAUCGUUGAAUACGGCCAAACACCAGGAAAAUACGAAGCUUCAGCAACCGGAGAACAUGAGUCGUAUCAUUACUUCUUAUACAGAUCCAGCAAGAUCCAUCACGUCAAGAUCGGACCUUUGAAUCAGAGCACCACCUAUUAUUAUCGUUGUGGUGGAACUGGCCAGGACUUCAGCUUCAAGACUCCCCCAUCCAACUUCCCCAUUGAAUUCGCCGUCGCAGGGGAUUUGGGACAGACGGAAUGGACAGCAUCAACGCUAUCACACAUCGGCGAAGAGGACUACGACGUCCUCUUACUCCCCGGAGAUCUAUCCUACGCCGACACCCAACAGCCCCUCUGGGACUCCUUCGGUCGACUCGUCCAACCAUAUGCGAGCCGGCGGCCCUGGAUGGUGACCCAAGGAAACCACGAGGUUGAGACCUAUCAGUUCUUCGAGAAUAAGCCCUUCAAAGCCUACAAUGCCAGGUGGCUUAUGCCCUUCGAGGAGAGCGGAUCCACCUCCAACCUCUACUACUCCUUUGAAGUUGCUGGUGUUCAUAUUGUCAUGCUGGGUUCUUACACUGACUUUAACGUUACUUCCAACCAAUACAAGUGGCUCAAAGCUGACUUGGCCAAGGUCGAUCGUGGUCGAACACCGUGGCUCGUAGUUUUAAUUCACGUUCCGUGGUAUAACACCAAUCUAGCCCAUGAAGGCGAGGGAGAGAGCAUGAGGAAAGCUAUGGAGGGCUUACUAUAUCAGGCGCGGGUCGACAUUGUUUUCGCAGGACAUGUUCACGCCUAUGAACGCUUUACUCGAGUGUCCAACAACAGUACAAACCAAUGCGGGCCUGUGCAUGUGACCAUAGGUGAUGGUGGAAACAGGGAAGGACUUGCUUUAACGUUUAAGGAGCCUCCCUCUCCACUGUCUCUAUUCCGGGAGGCGAGCUUCGGACAUGGACGGCUCAAGGUAUUCAAUCAAACUCAUGCCCUUUGGUCAUGGCACCGCAACGAUGAUACAGAAUCUAUAGUGGCGGACCAGGUCUGGCUUCAAAGUCUCAGCGUGUCUAGCAUGUGCAAUGAGUCUUCUAUAUCCAUCAAUGAUGAACUUUGAAGAUGAAACUGGA